UCUGUACCAGCACAUCCGUACUAGCUGCGUUCUGGAGGUUCUGUCAGUGUGUCCGAAUCGCCGGAAGCAUACAACCGCGUAUUCGAUUAGUGGUACUUUCGGUUUGGGUGUUUUAUCGCUGACAUUUACUGCAAAUCUGACGUUCUGUCGGAAUGCGUGAGCUCAGCGCGACCGCUCGGGAGCGCGUAUGCGGCGACGCGCUCGUUUAUCCGCUCAGACAGCGGUAACCGAAUCGAAUGUGUUUGAAUAUGAUAAUUUAUGAUGAUGUCGACGUCUCCCUGAGCUUCCUCUGCACCGGGGCUCCAGGCCCGUCGUGUCGGGCUGCCGGACGAAGCGAAACGUAAAGUGGAGAGAACUACGAUCUGUCUCUCUCUCUCUCUCUCUCUCUCUCCGGCACACUCACACGCGCACACAGUUUGACUGGGGUGGCCGCGUGCGCGGGGCGGGUCGCGAGCUCGAGCCGCUUUCACCGGGCGGGCGCUGCUUUUCCGCUUUCCAGACCCCCUUCAGUCAGAUGGACCUGCUGGGUGAUGGGUCCCUUUAAACUGCUUUUUUUUGCGCUGAAAUGAAACUGGUGCUGCGCGUUUCCUCUUCAGUCAGCGCACGGUGGCCGGAGCCUGAGCGAGAGCGCGGAGGUACCUAUAUAUACACACCGUUCUGUGUGUGUGUGUGCUGUUGCGCUUGGAGGAUCACACCUCGAGGGUAGGCCCCUACGUCUGCUCACCAUUUGUCUCGAUUCAAGCGUUUGAAUGACUCAAGGAGCUCUGUCUCUGGGUCCCAGUGUUCAGGUACUGUCCUGAGGGCUCUUGUCUACAGUGUGAAGGGCCUGGGUUCAAAUCCUCACUUCCGCUUUCAUACCCAUGAGCGAAAUACUCGCCUUGAAUUGGUGCGGUGACAAUGCCCUGCUGUGUGAGUUAUUGCUGAUGUGGCUGUCUGACGUUACACAUCAGCGGUGAAGAUAAAUCAGGUUAAUAAUCGGAGUGAGGUGCGAUCCGUGGAGGCGGCCAUGGCGGGUUCAGGUUUCCUGGUCAAGGUGAGGUCUGCCUUCCAGAAGGAGCCCCUGGAUUGGGACCUCAGCGACACUGUCCCCUUUGACCUCCCCCACAACCACGCGCUGGAUGAGGAUGAAACCCCAACAUUCAGGAAACUGAGGGUCAUCGUGUCUGGAGAGACAGAUCGCCCGUCGGGUUCGCGAACGAAUGGAGCGCUGUUGAACACCGUGGUGGACGAUGACGAGUCCCUGCUGGACUCCAGCAUCGACAGUCCUACAGCGGGGCAAGACCCCUGCGACAGCUGCACCAGGAGGAGAGAAAGGCUGAAACAGAACAGGGUGAUGAAGAAGCUGGGAUUCGCUGCACUUUUAUAUCUGCUUUUUAUGAUAGGGGAACUUGUAGGUGGUUACAUCGCCAACAGCCUAGCCAUCAUGACCGAUGCCCUUCACAUGCUGACGGACCUUGUUGGUAUCAUCGUGUCUUUACUUGCACUGUGGCUGUCUGCAAAACCUCCCACUAAAAGGUUCACCUUUGGGUUGCAUCGCCUUGAGGUGGUGUCGGCAGCCAUCAGUGUACUACUCAUAUACAUUCUUACUGCGGUGCUACUGAACGAGGCCAUCCAGAGGACCAUCCAUCAGGACUUUGACAUCGAUGGAGAUGUCAUGCUCAUUACCGCUGCAGUUGGGGUGGCUGUGAACUUAAUAAUGGGCUUCCUGCUGAACCAGUCGGGCCACUUGCAUUCCCAUUCGCAUCACCACGGUGCUCCGCAGCCAUCCCACGGCCAUGAAGGCAGUCAUGGAAGUCUGGCAGUGAGGGCUGCCUUCAUCCACGCACUUGGAGACCUGGUGCAGAGUGUUGGUGUGCUCAUAGCGGCUUACGUUGUCCGCUUCAAGCCUGAAUACAAGAUUGCGGAUCCGAUUUGCACAUACAUCUUCUCAUUCCUUGUUUUGUUCACAACAUUAAAAAUUGUAAGGGAUACUGGAAUUAUUGUCCUAGAAGGUGUCCCAAGGCACUUGGAUGUGACGCGGAUCAGAGAAGACUUGCAGAAACUGGAAGACGUGCAUUCAGUGGAGGAUCUCAACGUCUGGGCCUUAACACCUGACAAGACUGCUGCCUUGGUGCACUUAUAUUUGGUACCGUCCAGCAGCGCUGACUGGGAGGAGGUCCAGGAGAAGGCUAGACUCCUACUCCUCAACAUGUAUGGAAUUUCCAAGUGCACAAUUCAGCUGCAGUGCUACAGGGAGCCAUCGCCCAACACCUGCAGCAGCUGUCAAGUCCUCAGCGCAUGAAAGCUGGGAAAGUCCUGUGCGCACAGCCUUCUCAUCGACAAGUGACCUGGUGUCACAGGCACUUUGAACAUGUCCUUUUCUUAUGUCUUAAAUGCUGCAGCUAAAAUGGACAAAUUUUAUAUGAAACAAGAUCCAGUAACCAUACUAAUAAGGUUGCCAAAGGACAUUGAUUUUAUUUUUUACUAUUAAUGCUCAUUUUUUUUUGGGGGGGGGGGGGGGACAUGCAUUCUUCAUAGGAUCUGAAUGUGUAUGUUUUUAAGUAAUAUUAAUAGUGUGUAUGGCUAUGAAUUGUUAGUUGUCAGCACAGUUAAAUUAUUUGUUCAGAUUUUUUGGCUGCUGCAGACUGCAGGGUUAUUCAGUCUGGAAAGACUAUAGAUGCAGUUCUUUGUGUGGCUUAAAUUUGCAUACCAGGUCCUUUUCUGAUCAGGUUUACAGGUACACAUUAAGCGCACAGUAACGGUUUGUUUUGGGAUGCAUUCAGGUAGAUAGUGCUAUGUUUGUGAGCCUUUCCCAUUGGGAAUCUAACAAAAAAAAUAUAUAACAAAAAUGAAAUUGGUGUGGAAGCAUUUCCACCAGAGAAAGGCCAUGUCAUUGUGUGAACUGAUGCAAAACUAUAUAACGGUUUUGGUCUAUAGUAGUCUUGAUGGCUUUCAUAUGUAAAGCACUAUAGACACAAGGGUCAAUUCAGUUUUAAGCAGUAAAGUAUUUAAAAAUAAACUUCACUUUUUUCCCAUAAGGGUUGGUUGUAAAUGAUAUAAUUUAGGUGAUCUGAUCAGUAUGGUAUAUGUAACAGUGCAAAAGUGUUGAGUGUGAAUGUAUAACCUUUUAAAGUGUUUUUUACUGUAUUGUGAUUUACUUGGAUCUUGACAGCUAUAUUA